CCCCCGGCAUAGAGAGUACACUUAUAAAGUUUGCGGAUGAUACCAACCUGGGAGGGGAUACAAGUGCUUUGGAAGAUAGGAUUAAAAUUCAAAAUGAUCUGGACAAAGUGGAGAAAUGGUCUGAAGUAAAUAGGAUGAAAUUCAAGAAGAACAAAUGCAAAGUACUCCAUUUAGGAAGGAACAAUCAGUUGCACACAUACAAAAUGGGAAAUGAGUGCCUAGGAAGGAGUACUGCAGAAAGGGAUCUGGGGGUCAUAGUGGACCACAAGCUAAAUAUGAGUCAACAGUGUAACGCUGUUGCAAAAAAAGCGAACAUCAUUCUGGGCUGUAUUAGCAGGAGUGUUGUAAGCAAGACAUGAGAAAUAAUUCUUUCACUCAACUCUGCACUGUUUAAGCCUCAACUGGAGUAUUGUGUCCAGUUCUGGGUGCCACAUUUAAAGAAGGAUGUGGACAAACUGGAGAGAAUCCAGAGAAGAGCGACAAAAAUGAUUAAAGUUCCAGAAAACGUGACCUAUGAAGGAAGAUUGAAAAAAACUGGCUUUGUUUAGUCUGGAAAAGAGAAGACCGAGAGGGAACAUGAUAACAGUUGGGGACAUGAUAACCCCUAGGGAGGUUGUGGAAUCUCCAUCAUUGGAAAUUUUAAAGAGCAGAUUAAACAAACACCUGUCAGGAAUGGUCUAGAUAAUACUUAGUCCUGCCAUGAGGCAGGGGACUGGACUAGAUGACCUCUCAAGAUGCCUUCUAGUCCUAUGAUUCUAUAAUAUCCAGUACACAGCUUAUUCUAGAGGAAUCCCUUUAACAACAUAUGUGGUGUUCACCUCUUACCACAUCUGCUCCCCCAGGUCUGAGCUCUGGAGCUCAUAUUCAGUGCAUCAGAUUUGCACUUACUUGGUGUUUGGACAAACUCAGGCUCUGAUGGUUGAGUGUGUGUAACAGGUUGAUUUACUUUAACAGUUUUUCUUGAAAACAUUGCAAACUAUACAGAUGUUUACAUUUCAGAGGCAAGAACCAGAUGUUUGCAUUCUUAAUUGUUUUAUAACUUGAAAAAGUUACAGAUGUUUUGCCAAGCAGUGCAGGAUUUUAUUUAUGGAAGAUUACUCAGAACACAGUAAAAUAGAUAUGCAACAAAUGUAAUACAAGAAAACAAUUCCACCUGUGAGUUUCUUUCUUUUAAGUAAUGGAGUCAGAACCAAAUCAUGGAAGUAGUGCACAGCUUGUAUGUCAAGGUUGCAUUGUAAGAAUCUCUGCAAGGAGAAGGGCAUGGAAUCAGCCCUCUAGGCCAGUGGUCUCCAAACUUUUUGGCUCACGCACCCCGGAAGACCUGCUGCAGGCGUGCUGCUGACAGAAGAAGACCGGAAGACCUGCCACAGGUGGGCCACCAGAGGGGAACACCAGCCCUAGACAUGCAGCGCUUCUACCGAAGAACAAAAAUGGCAGAGUGCCGUCUGGCAGCGAUCCUGCUGCCGCGCACCCCCUGGGAUCAUCUCGCACACCCCCAGGGGUGUGCGCACCCCAGUUUGGAGACCACUGCUCUAGGCCAUGAAGUAGUAACGUAGCUGCUCUGUAGCUGUGACUGCUGCUUCAGGACUGCAAUGCUUAGGCCCGAGGCUGGUGUACACUCUGCCUUCUUCGGGGACAAUGGGUAGUGCAUUGCUGGGACACAGGGAGCCCACACAAAGCAGAUCACUGCAGCAGGUAGGUGGCAUAGAUGUUCAAAUCCCGCCUCUCUCCUUUUCCUCUGUUAAAGCAAAGCAUUGUCAUAGGACCUGUAUCCUCCAUGGCCACAGAGCAGGAUUUGGCUCUUAAUGCUGGUGAAAGGUGUCAUAGUUAAAAUUCAGGUGACUGAAAUCUGUCUACUGAACAGAAAUAUCAUGAGCUCCAGCACUGCAGGCUGUCCCCACCAUUGUGCCUCACCCCUGACCUGGAGGGAUCACCCACCUACACUGAUGAAAAGGGUAGUUCAGUUUCCAUGCCUAUUCACUACUGGUCUCUCUGCUGAAGCAGCCAGGUGUGGUUGUAGCUUCCCCAUUUUAACUCAGUCCUCAGAUGCAUUCACCAUUUCUGUAAACAAUCACUAUUUUCCCCACCCAUGUCCCCGGUGUGGAACCUCCAGCUAGCACCAUAGGGUAGUUGGCCAAAUGUAGGGAGAGAGGUCACACUUGGAAUUUUGGGCCUUGUGCCUGGAAGCCCCCUAGAAUGGCUCUGCAAGGAGUCGGAGCUGUGCUUAAACUGUCCCUGCAUUAGAAUCCUUUCAGAAUGACUAUCAAUUUUACAUGGAAAGCUCUCAGUACUAUGGUGACGGGCAGCAGUAUAAAACAUGGUUUGGCUAAAUUAAGAAACUUACCUCAAAAUAUGAAUAUUUUUGAGCUUUAGAAACAUCAUGGCAUUUCAGCAUCUCUGAAAACAGCCUAUUUUUUUUUUUUAGUGGUAUUUCAGGCACAAAUCGAAUCAAGAGGGGGUUUUUUUUGGGUGUGUUUUACAGUCUGAUUUGAAAAGCAAAGAGGUUUGAACAUGUCAGAGAAGUGUCCAAACUUUUGGAUGCUACUUUGAGCCUAAUCUGAACUUCUAAGAUGUGUUCACUGUUAGUAUAUAUUUCAGAGCUGGAACCAGCCUUCUCAGGAAAACCCUAGCCACGGGACACACCACCAAAAAAAGUAGGCAAAAUAAAGGAUAAUUCCCUAGUGGAAUGGCUGUUUUUCCACUGUUUUGCCAAUGGUGGAGUUAGAAUCGGUUCUCUGGACAAGGCUAGUGGAAGUUCCAGGGAUUUGAAAGUGGAAUCAAUGAUAACUGAAUGGUCUCUCUUCAGCAGACAAUUUGCACACCAGAUGUUUAUGAAUCACUUAAAAGCAGAGACUGGGCAAGCACUCAGUGGAAGAGAUUGUUACUUUGCCUUGAAAGAUGACGGGGUAUUGGUUUGCAUUGAAACGUGGCUACCAGGCUGCUUUUAAACAAAACAGCUCUGGAGAUGAACUUACUGGGGGCCCUGCCAGUAUCAUUCAUAAACGUGCCAUUGAUGCAUUGGCUGAUAUUAGUAUGCUCAGGGUAUUUAAGACUUUCCUGAAGACGACACCCCAGCUCAUUCUUCAGAUUUACAUCCUGAUGGAGCAUGACAAGGCUGCCUUCAGUCAGUAUGCUUCCAUCAUCACAUCUUUCUGCAGCAUUUCCUGGUCAACACUUGACUAUCAGAUAUCAUUACGAAAAUCUCUGCCUGAUAAAAAUCAAUUUGCUGGGGUGCCUCCUAAGUUACUGUAUCUCUUGUAUAAACUGUUCACACUGACUUCUUGGAUACUGAGUAUUGCACUGGCCACCCUAUUAAAUAUCAUAAGUAGUAUAUUUCUGCUAAUAUUUCUUUGGACCUUGGGCUUCAGCUGGACUUUGAAGCAACACACUAUGUUUUGCAAAUCUAAGAGGAUGGAAUUUUUAUACAGGACUGUUGUUGGGAUCAUUCUUAUUUUUACAUUUUUUAAUGUCAAGGGGGAACAAACAAAAAUACAUAUUUCUAGUUAUUAUGCCACUCAUGUGCUUGUAACUUCAGGCAUAAUGUGUUUGUUCUGGAAGACUUCAGUUACUGAGCAAUUAUAUUUUACAUUUGUGAGCAUCACAGUUUUUCUCACUCUGGUGUUAGGUAUUAUUUGUCUUAUUGUUUAUUAUAUGUUUUUCCACCCCACUAUUUAUUUCAAACAAGAAAGUGCUUCAGAUAAAGUUGAUGGACUAGCAAGAGAAAGAGAAAAAGAAGAAACCAGUAGAAUAAGAAAUUUCAUAAUGCAAUGAAGAGUAUAGAAUUAUGUGAAUUUUUAAAUAUGUGCAAAUCGAAGCAAAUAUUACCUGGACUGUCACUUACUCUGUCUUUACUUUUCCUACUUGCAGUGAGCAUUUCAAGUAAAAUAAUUGCUAAUGGGAAUGGUAGUAGUUAUCAGCUCUGAAUAAUUAUUGGUUCUGCUGUACUACCCUACAAAGCAAAGACUUUA